AAAAAGUGUCCAUCGCUUUCGAUUCUGAGUUUGAAAGUUUCAAAUAUCUAGUAUCUAAUUAAUGAUUGUUAUAAUGUAUCUGAGUAAUGAAACUUAAUAACUUUUUUCACCCCAAUUUAACUGGUAUAGAAGCUGUAAAACUAUUGCUGGAAAAAGGUUCUUCUGGCGAUUUUCUUAUAAGACCAAGUGAAAAGGCACCUGACAGUUUUACAUUGUCUGUUAGGCAAGGAAUGCAAGUUGUACAUAUUAAUAUUAUAAAUAAUGGAGAAUAUUAUAGUAUUGGUUCAGAUACUAAAGAAGGCUUUGCCACAUUAACCGAACUUCUUCAGUUUUUUAGCAAGUCAGAUCCUUGUACUCCUAAAAUCAAAGAAAGACAUGGCAAUAUUAUUUAUCUAGACAGAGUGUUUCCUUGCAACGAUUUAUGCUAUCAAAGAUAUUUUCAUGGUGAUAUCAGUGGUUCUGAAGCUGAAAAAUUGUUGACUGAUUUCGGUAAGCCCGGGAGCUAUUUGGUACGUCAUAGUCAGACUACCCCGGGCAAGUUAGUCUUGAGUGUUUUGCGCUCAGAUAUUGCCCAAGGUGCCGUAACUCACGUAUAUAUACGCUUACAGAACGGACAAUAUGACAUAGGAGGAGGUCCAAAAUUUACCGAUUUGAAUGAACUCAUUUCCAAUUACAAAAAUUGUUCGAUGGUGGAAUCGAACGGCUCUGUUUUGAAAUUGACAAACCCAAUUAACGUAACGAGCAUGAAAGCAUUGGCCUUCCCUAAAUACGUACGGACUAUGCUUAAUUUAGGCGAUUCCCUUUCAACCGAUUCAAUCCAUCCCUUCAUCCAUAAUCAAACAACAUCACCGGAACCUGACGUUAGAUGUUGUCAACUUAAAAAUGGAUUCAGCGAUGAAUAUGAAUGCUUGCGUAAAUUAACCUCCAAAGAUUCUAGUUCCAGAAACGAAGGCGAAAAAAGUAUUAAUAGCCACAAAAACAGAUACCGAAACAUUUUACCAUUUGAUCAUACAAGAGUUAUCCUUCGGCCAUUCAAUAAUCAUUGCCCUAAUAAACCUUAUACCAUGGGCGAUAUUGAGAAUACUAAUGGCGAUUAUAUCAAUGCUAAUUAUAUAGCUCCGGAUAAAUAUCAAAUUCCAGAUAAUUUAUGUGCUGCCAAUGCUAGUCCUGGACCUGACUGGUAUAUCGCCACUCAAGGACCCCUAAAAAAUACCGUAAGCCACUUUUGGAAGAUGGUGUGGCAAGAAAAUACGCGAAUCAUAGUCAUGGUUACUAAGGAAAUUGAAGGCUCAACGGUUAAAUGCGCAAAAUAUUGGCCCAACCCUGGAACAGUUGACACUCAAGGAGAAUUACUCAUACAAAAUAUUACAGAAUAUUCUAUAGAUUCUUUAGUGAUACUCAAACAUGAUAUAAUGAAUUCUGAUUCCAAUAUAGAUAUUAGUGACGAUGAUAUAGUUCGCGAAUUGUAUAUUUACCCCCUAAAUAAACCAGAGGAGGGGCGAAAAAUAUAUCAUUUUCAUUGUCGUUCCUGGCCCGAUCACAAAAUCCCAAAGAACCCUUCUAAAGUUUUGGCUUUUUUGAAAGCGGUCAACGCAAAAAAAAUUGAAAUCCUCGUUGGUAUAAACUACAAAAAUAAAAAAGUUGAUAACGAUUUAAAUAUAAUUCACAUUAGUAAUAAUGGUCUAAAUGAAUAUCGUUCCAAUUUCGAGUUGGGCCCUAUGGUAGUUCAUUGCAGCGCCGGGAUAGGAAGAGCUGGUUCUUAUAUUGCCUUAGAUAUGAUAUUUCACAACCUUCAAAAACACGGCCUUGAUACUGAUAUAGAUAUCCAAAACACAGUGUAUUGGAUGAGACUACAGCGGUCUGGAAUGGUUCAAACUUUGCAACAAUAUACUUUUAUUUAUACUGCUUUGAAGAGUUACAUCGAAGAAACAUACUUGAAAUAAUCUAUAAUCUUAUUCAAUAUUGUUAUAAUUUAUAAACAGAAAAUUAUUUGUAAAAAUAUAAUUGUUUGGUAGGUUAUUAUUUAGAAAUUUAAUAUUGCUUAAUGUAUUGACUUGUUUAUAAAUAUUCGCGUCUCACAAAUCUAGGGAAAGUGGCGUUUCAAUGUUUUAUUUCCAAGAGACAUAACAAAAGCAUUUUUAUGUUUCUGUUUCUUUCUCGUUCCUGCUAAAAAUUAUGUUCCAUUCUCGUUCAACAUUCCAAAACGCGUUCUUUGAAUUUUUUUAUUUUAUUUAUGUUUAUUUUUAAUUCAUUAAUCCUUAUAUUUAUUACCUCUGAUUACUCCUCUCAACACUAAUCUGCUAACAAAUUUAUCUAUUUGAAUUUAAAAUUUUUAUUAUAUAAUAUUAAUUUUAUAAAUAGUUAAAUCAGAUUUUGAAAUGCUUUUCAAAAUAAAAAAUCCUUAAAGAUUUUU